AAAAUAUGCCCUUCGAACAGCCCCGCUACAAGCUCCUGCGCGUGCCGGGCUGCGCCACGGCGUACCGCGUGCCGGAGGUCGAGCACGCGCACGGAGGUGCAUCCCGCCGGCCAAACCGCAGCGUUCGCGCCACCUCCCUCCGCAGCGGCGACGUGCAUGAGACGACAAGCACAGAGUACGUUCAGGAUGCAAAGGGCUGAUGGGACGAUUUUGAGCGGUGGCGAAUGGCUGCUAGCGGCGUCCCGGCAGUGAGGUGCGUGACGCGAGGCACGGGAGUCCCACUGGGUGGGGGCGGGGGUGGGGAAGUAUCGCAAUGCCAAUGCUGGCAGAACAGGCCUGAGGUCGAAGCCUACCGACCGUCUUCCUCAGCCACACGCCGACAAACGCCGCCACUGCGAGACGCAUGAUCGCGGAGGGCGGAGCCAGAGAGUCUCAGUUUGCAGAGCCACCGAGAGACUGCGCACGUGUACGUUAUACGCGCACAGAGAGAUGCGUGUGUGGAGUGUGUGUGGCUGUGUGCUGUGUGGGGAGGCGCUGUGGAGUAUGGUGUGUGUCUGUGUGGAGCCCCGGCAACUGCGGGUCGAUUAGAGUA